AUGGCUAAGGGAUUGAGAUUUUUGAAUUUGAUUAAGCCAGCUCUGUGCGUGAUUCCUGAGGUAUCAUCUCCGGACCGCAGAGUACCUUUUAAGGAAAGAAUUUUAUGGACUUUGAUAUCUUUGUUUGUCUUUUUAGUAUGCUGCCAGAUUCCACUUUAUGGAGUUUUGAGUAGCAAAAGCUCAGACCCAUUCUACUGGGUUAGAGUUAUCUUGGCAUCUAACAGGGGAACCCUUAUGGAGUUGGGUAUCUCGCCAAUUGUUACAUCCAGUAUGGUUAUGCAAUUGUUGGCAGGAAGCAAGAUCAUUGAUGUUGAUCAGAGUUUAAAAGAAGACAGAGCUCUUUUUCAGGGAGCACAGAAGCUUUUUGGUCUACUUAUCACAUUAGGAGAGGCAGUUGCAUAUGUAAUUAGUGGUAUGUAUGGUGACAUUAGAACAAUUGGUGCUUGGAAUGCAAUUUUGAUCAUUAUUCAACUUUUCUUUGCUGGGGUUGUUGUUAUUCUUCUUGACGAGCUCAUGCAAAAAGGAUAUGGUCUUGGAUCAGGUAUUUCUCUCUUUAUUGCUACUAAUAUUUGUGAAACCAUAGUCUGGAAGGCAUUUAGUCCAACAACAAUUAAUACUGGUAGAGGAACUGAAUUUGAAGGUGCAGUUAUUGCUCUCUUCCAUCUUUUAUUCACAAAGCCUGAUAAGAUCUCAGCAUUAAGAGAAGCCUUCUACAGAUCUCACGCUACAAAUAUGACAAACUUACUCGCAACUGUUUUGGUCUUCCUUAUUGUUAUUUAUUUCCAAGGAUUUAGAGUAGAUCUCGCUGUUAAAUACCAAAAAGUACGUGGGCAACAAGGGUCUUUCCCAAUUAAGCUCUUCUACACCUCAAAUAUCCCGAUCAUCCUUCAAACUGCACUUGUUUCUAAUCUAUAUUUCUUCUCUCAGUUGCUUUACCGCAGAUUCAAAUCCAAUAUGCUUGUAAAUAUUCUCGGACAAUGGCAAGAACUUGAUGUUGGUGGCCAAUCUAUUCCAGUCGGAGGUAUUGCCUACUACAUUUCACCUCCAAAUUCAUUGUUAGAUGUAGUUUCUGACCCAAUACACACAUUCUUCUACAUUUCCUUUGUAUUGGUUUCAUGCGCUCUCUUCUCCAAAACCUGGAUUGAAGUAUCUGGCUCUUCUGCAAAGGAUGUUGCAAAGCAACUCAGAGAUCAGCAAAUGAUUAUGAAAGGAUACAGAGACAGCUCAUUGGUUCAGGUCUUGAAUCGCUACAUCCCUACUGCUGCUGCCUUCGGUGGUAUGUGUAUUGGAGCACUCACUAUAAUUGCAGACUUCCUUGGAGCUAUUGGUAGUGGGACUGGUAUUUUACUAGCAGUUACAAUCAUUUUCCAAUACUACGAAAUGUUUGCUAAAGAAAGAGAAAGUGGAAACAUUGUGUUUUAA